AUGCAGGCGAAAUGUCAGGAGAGAAUGCUGCUGGAACACGGCCAGACAGCCCGGAAACCACACAGCACCCCAACUUUGAUCCAAUUCCUUGUGCUUCUGAAGCAGAAGAAAGAUAUUGCUGUAUGCAAAACGUUUCUUCCAAAACCAUCUCGGCUGCAGCCCCAGAAAAACGAUUGCCUUCCCUUCCCUCACCCUCCCAUGAUAUUGAAAGCAAAUCCCUUAAAGAGUUGCCGGUUGAUGGUGAUGGCUGACGAAGAUCUCUUCUGCAAUGUUUCUCAGCCGCUGGAAGUGAAAGGCAGGAAAAUGGUCCAUUUGGGUUCCCGUUCUUGCCAGAAAAAGAGUGGGCCAGGGGGUGGGGCGAGGGGGGCAGGUAGCCCGGGUACCCUUAUCAGGUGGACGGCCCAAGACAGAGUUAAAGUGACCCAGCCCUCUCAGCAGAUACCUUCCACGCAAGGGCAUUCUUCCAUCUUCCAAUAUGCUGCUGUUGCCAAAUAUCAAAACAGUUUUCCUCCAAAUUUCUUGAAAGAUUCUUUGCUAUCAGCAUCCAAUGACCUUCAGCGCACCGUAGCGGCAGUCAACCCGUUGUCUUCAUGGCCAGAGGUAAUUGAGGCCACUUGGCUUUUCUGUAUCCACCUGAAGUCUCAGAGAGUUACAGAAUUCCAGAACAAAGAUGACGCCUACUGUUUCUCCUUAGCGAAGGCCCUUUACUGUGUCAACACCCCGGUGACGGUGGGAUUCUACGCCCCGUGGGGAUACUGCACAGGCUUUUACUUGAAGAGGAUCCAAGCUAGAUACAGCUGGCUGGGCCUCUCCCACUGCUCUACUAUGCUCUACUAUGUGAUCUCGCUGCAGAAUUCUCUGCACUACCGGGUGACUCCAAACCCUGACCCCCACACUGCAGGGGGAAGGGACAGAAAAGGGAAUAACUUGGGGCAGAAAUCCGGGAGCUGUGCUGCCCAAAGUCAGAGGAGGAGUUCUUCAGGACAAAAUCAUUAUACAACAAAUGAGUACCGAAACAAUCUUCCAAUCAGCGUUCUUUGUUGUUGUUGUUGUUUUGCCUCAGACUACAUGCAGCUUCAGUCAUUGAAAAAGGACACGCAGGAGUUUCAGCGGACGAGGAUGAAACAGCGCGGGACUUCGGGCUGGGAUCUGCUUUCCCUCGUCUUCCGCAUGAUCUUCUACCGCCCUGUGCUGACCCCGCAGCACAAGCAGAGGAGGAAUGUGCGGCACCUCUUUAUCCAUUUCAGUGCCUGGGAAUACGCUGGCAGUGACCAGCUCUGGGCCGGCCUGAUCACUGCUCUGUGUGAUGGCAUCGAGGGCCAUUUUGGCCUCGCCCCCAUGAGUCUGUAUAGAGCCGUGGGCAGGAAAAGUGGAAUCGUUCAGGCACCUCUCAAUAAAGAAUGGGUCAGCAAGAAAUACCUCUGUCUUCCACUGUGGGCCGCAGUCCUUCUGGUGUCAGGAGUGGCCGUUGUGGUGGCCGUCCUCAUUUUUGUUUUCGGGAUCCCGGUCGGCAACGCUUCCGGAGACGCCAUCGCUCUCGUCGAGGGCGUCGGGGCCACCGCGGUCGGCAUCACCGUGGCGGCAGGAAUCCGAAUGGCCGUUGUGGUGGUGCGGAAUGUUGUCAUCACUCAGAAGGCCCAGCUGGAGAGGCAGAUGAACCGGACAGACCUCAGCGCCCAGCUGGGUUUCAUGAGCAACGUCAAGAGGGAAGUCAAGGUGGUCGCCCGGUUCCUCCAGUUCAUGGAGAUCUUCCAGAGGAGGAAGCUCCGUGUGGUGCUGGUCAUCUCCAGCUUGGACCGGUGCAGCCCUGACCGAGUGGUGGGCGUCCUGGACGCCAUGAACAUCCUUCUCUCAGACUACGAGGCGCCCUUCAUCUCCAUCCUGGCAGUGGACCCGAGCGUCAUUGUGGCCUGUGUGGAGAGCUCCUUGUUCAUGAAAGGCAUGGCCAACAACGGCUACGAGUUCCUGAACCGCAUCAUCACGCUGCCUUUCUCGGUGCCCAAGAUGGACUGCGACACCAAGAUGCAGCUGAUUAGGAAUAUUGUGGAGUGCCGAGAAGAGCAGGAGAAAAGCUUUGAAGAUGAGGAAGAACCGGGAGUGGGUUCCCAGGAGAGGAACUGGCAGGCAAGCCAGGCGGGGCCUCUUCCUGGGUCUGCCCCGUGCUCGUUUGGGGGUUCUGCAGACUAUAAUGGGCCCAGGCAGACAAGAGACGACACAAAGAUUCCUUUGGUGGUUGUGAUUCCUGGACAGCAAGAGUUGCUAAGGGGGGGAGGGAGGAAAGGCUUCAAGGCCAAAGACUUAAUCCAGGAAGCUUUGGACUUCCUCCGCGACGAAAGCAUGAAGGAAUAUAUGACGGACAACCUGGUGCAGAUGAGAAGAAUUGUCAACACCAUCUCUGUUAUGGUCAGGCUGAUGGCGACGGAGGUCCCCCGGGAGAGGCUGUGCCCGCAGAAGGUGGCGGCCUGGGUCCUCUUGGCCAACCAGUGGCCCUGCCGCCUGAGCUGGAUCUUGCAGUGUAUUGAGGACGACGAGCAGAUGAGUCGCUUGGCCUUGUCCCAAGGGUGCCCCCUGGCCCCCGAGCUCUCCCUGUGGGAGGUCUACCAGAAGUACGUGGAGGAGCUUGACAUGUUCAAAGCCCAGCUGGAGAAGCUGCUGGAGUUGGAUGGGGACCCCGAACUCUUCCAGAGCUUCCUCUGCUGCCGCUUCCGGGUGGAGGACGUCCUCUUCUUCCUGCCUUUUACGGUCAACUUGGACUUCUCCUUGAAGAGGCACAUGGAGCUGCUACGAGGCAGCCACAGCCUGAAGCGGACCGAGAAGCAGCUGGGGCUCUCCAAAUGUGCGUUGCUGAGGAUGUCCGUGACGGACGUCUGCAGAGAGAUGGACAAGCUGAACUUGAAAGAGGAGAAUGCCCAGCGGUAUAAAGAGAGGCUGAAGGAGCACAAUUUGAGUGGCAGAGCCCUGGUUUACAGCGACAGAAACGAAGUCAGAGAGGCUCUGGGCGUGGGCCUUGGCGAGUGGAUGGCUUUCAGCAUGCAUUUCUUUGGCUCCGUUCCCCUGCAGAGUUCUGUCCCUUUUGCAGCAUCCCCAGCCCUGGUCCGUGGCGAUAAGAACCAGUUGGGCUUGCAGGAGAAUACAUUCAGAGGAAGCUGUUUGUCCCUGAACGUUUCCAAGGAAAAUCUUCACAGGUGACUUGGCCUCUGAUGUGUGCCGGAAUGGAUA